AUGGCUGGUGGUAACUUUAUCGCCCCCGAUGGUGGCGAGUAUCCAGGGAAGCUAACACCGUACGUGGCGAUUACUUGUAUAAUGGCAGCUAUGGGAGGCUUGAUCUUUGGUUACGACAUUGGAAUUUCUGGCGGAGUUACUUCUAUGACUCCUUUUCUCCAACGCUUCUUCAUGUCUGUUUACCGUAAAGAGUCCCUCAACACCUCCACCAAUCAGUACUGCAAGUUCGACAGCCACUUGCUCACCCUUUUCACCUCUUCCCUCUACUUGGCUGCUCUGGUCGCCUCUGUUGUUGCGUCUCACGUUAGUAAGAAACACGGCAGAAAACUGACCAUGUUCCUUGGAGGUCUCUUCUUCUUGAUUGGGGCUGUCCUCAACGCUGCUGCCUUCCACAUUACCAUGCUCAUCUUGGGUCGUAUCCUUCUUGGGAUUGGUGUCGGGCUUGCUAAUCAGUCUGUCCCUAUUUAUCUGUCCGAGAUUUCUCCCUACAAGUACAGGGGUACUUUCAACGUCCAGUUCCAACUGGCCAUCACUUGCGGGAUCUUGAUAGCCAAUAUCGUCAAUUUUGUAACGAACAAGAUCUCUGGCGGUUGGGGCUGGAGGGUCAGCUUAGGAGGUGCAGCCGUGCCAGCGCUAGUCAUCUUGUUUUCGUCCAUAUUUCUCUCCGAUAGUCCCAGUUCGUUGAUCGACAGGGGAAAGGCAGAGGAGGCAGAACAACUCUUGAAAAAGAUCAGAGGAGUCGAUAAUGUAAAGGCUGAAUUUAAGGACCUUGUGGAGGCGAGUGAAGCAUCCAAGAAAGUAGAAAAGCCAUGGGAAAACCUUGUGAUGGUACGAAAGUACAGACCCCAGUUGAUUUUAUCGAUUAUGAUUCCGUUCUUCCAGCAGCUCACGGGAAUUAACGUGGUCAUGUUCUAUGCUCCGGUGCUUUUCCAAACACUAGGCUUUAAGAGCAACGCUUCCCUAAUGUCCGCUCUCAUCACUGGUGUUGUCAAUGUGUUUGCAACUUUGAUCUCAGUUUAUUGUACAGACAGGUACGGCAGGAGGAUACUUCUACUCUGGGGUGGCAUCCUAAUGUGUGUAUUCCAGGCAGCAGUGGCAGGCCUUAUUGGGGGGAAAUUCGGAACAACUGGGGUCACAACAGUUUUGCCUCAAUCGUAUGCAAUACUUGUGGUUCUCUGCAUCUGCGUAUUUGUGGCCGCCUUUGCAUUUUCAUGGGGUCCAUUAGGAUGGUUGAUUCCGAGUGAGAUUUCUCCACUCGAAGUUCGAUCUGCAGCACAGUGCGUUACCGUCUCCGUGAACAUGUUUUUCACGUUUGGAGUGGCUCAGAUUUUCUUGAAGAUGCUCUGUUGGAUGAAGUUCGGUCUGUUCAUCUUCUUCGCGGUCUUUGUAUUCAUAAUGACUUUGUUUGUCUACUUCUACGUGCCCGAAACCAAGAAUAUACCCAUUGAAGAGAUGUCAAGAGUCUGGAGAGAGCAUCCGCACUGGAAGAAAUACGUGGAUGAUGAUGAUGAUGCAGAUUCCAAGCCACAAGGGAAGCCUGCAAUGGAGAUGGUCUAGACUACUAUAGGUUUAGUUCACAUAGUUUAAUGCUUUGGAUUUUUUGGCACAAUUAACUUUGUUAUUUUUUCACAAUACUGCUGUGGU